GAAACAGCAUCACACAUCUCGCCUCCAGGCAGCAGAAAAACGCUGAAGGCAUGGGGGAAACUAAGUCAAAGAUGCUGAAACUUUUGAUUUUAUUCACAUUCACAGAGAUUUGUGCUGCUCAAAGUGCCGUCACCGUGUCAGUGUUUACAGUCACAUCUAAGAGUAUGACAGUGCAGUGGAGCGGCUACACUGGGGCCAGCUCCUACAAGAUCACAGCAACACCCAGGAACUCCCCGGGACCAUCAGUCUUCACUCAGUUCAGUGGCAACGUCGUGAUGGGCUCAGUCAACUCCCUGUCACCAAACACAGUGUACAUCAUGAAGCUAGAAGCCAUGGACAAUGCUCUCAAUGUCCUCAGCAGUGCAGCGACACAGGAGACCACAGCUCCUGAUGUCCCCAGCAUUGCACAGGCCUACUCCAAACACAGUGACAGCAUCACUGUGGAGUUCACAACCGUUUCCGGGGCAAGCAGCUAUCUCCUGAGGGCAGAGUCGAAGACCGGUAAUUUCUUCUCUGAGAUGGUGGUGAGCAGCUCCCCCGGCACCGUGGUGCAGCUCCAGCCCUACACGGACUACAGGCUGAGUGUCAUGUCGGUCAACUCUGGGGGGAGGAGCCAGCCCUCGUACCCCAUCGAGGCCAGGACAGUGGUGAUGGCGCCCAAGUUAAACACCACCUCUCCUGACAACGGCACCAUCCUUGUGACCUGGACCCCGGUGGAAAACGCUGUCCUCUACACGCUCUGCAUCAUCCGGGAGGGCUCCAUGUCCCGCAACAAACUCAACACCACGGACACCAUAGUGCGCUUUGGUGGCCUUGAAGCAGGGACCACCUACUGUAUCAAAGGCACAGCCUGGGACGCGGCGGGUCGAGCUGGAGACGACCUCACCAUCUGCCAGAUCACACGCCCUCCAAGCCCAGAUGUGACCUACGUUGAGGUGACUCAGGGCCGGUCUCUCGGGAUCGCUGUGUACUGGAUGUCAGCGCAGGGAGCGGAUACCUAUGUGGCCUGGACCACUAAUCGUCAAAACUGUACUUCAACAGUUAGUGGUUACUGUUUUAUCACACCUGUGGAGUGUGGCCAGAACCACUCUGUCUCUGUCACAGCCUAUAAUGACGCUGGGCCCAGCAGCCCCUCAAAACCACAAACAUACAUUACAUAUCCGUGUCCCCCAGAGAACAUCUGGGUGGAAGAGCCCAAAGCAGGCAACUGCUCGCUUGUGUGGAAUGAGGUGCUACUAGUGGAGUACUACAUGGCUUUCAUAAAGAGAGACGACGGGACUGAGAAUUCGUGUAACACCACUAAAACCACCUGUCCAUUUUCCUGCAUGUGUGGCUACACCUACCUCACCACCGUCUUCCCCUACAACGAGGCUGGCUCCAGCCCUUACUCAAACGUCCGCAACUACACCACCAUUCCUUGUUGCCCACAGGGUGUUAGCAUAAAUCUAGUUUCUACAGAGACCCUGGAGAUCAAUUGGUCGCCCGUCAAAGGGGCCGAGCUGUACGAGACAACGGCGGCAGAGACUAAUGAUGUCAUCCACUGUAACGACACAGCGCCAGUGUGUGCGCUGUCAGAUUUGAGGUGCAACACGGCUUAUACUGUGACCGUCACACCUUGCAGCGAGUUACGAGGAUGCAACCGCACCUGCACACCCCAGACACAUGAGACAGCUCCGUGUGCUCCAGAGAUCGUGAAUAUGACGCAGACCAACAACUCCACGUACAGAGUCCACUUCCUUACCCCCAACACCCCCAACACAAAUUAUACCAUCACAGCCAUCGGACGCUAUGACACACACUCGUGCCAGUCUAGAAACGGCUCCUGUGAGCUCACACAGCUGCCCUGUGGUUCAACCUAUGAGGUCAUGGCAGUGGCCAUGACAACUGUGGGGAGAAGUCUACCUGGAUACAGUAAACCUUUGGAAACAGGUCCUUGCUGCCCCAUGUAUGUGAAUGUGACCCAGGUCACCCAGGCUAUGACCAACGUGACCUGGUCACCUGGCAGCGGAGCUCGCUCCUACAUCACCACCCUGAUGUCGCCGCGCGGGAAAGCAAAGUGCCACACCCUGGACACCCACUGCCUGAUGGGAUGCAUCACCUGUGGCACCAACUACAGCGUCAACCUGGAGUCCAUCAGCAGCACAGGACACAAGUCCGAGUGCAAAUAUCGCGGAUUCUCAUCCAGUGCCUGUUGUCCAACCAGUGUCAAGCUCUAUCGCAGGGCCAACAACUCCCUCAGGGUGUACUGGAGCUCUUUGGGCCCUCAGCUGCAGAACCACACAGUACAGCUGUAUGGGACAGCAGCCAACUACACCUGUAUCGCAGCUGCCGACAGCAAAUACUGUGACAUCCAGGAGGAAACGUGUGGGGACGUCUACAGAGUAGUGGCAGCACCAGUGGGACAGAAUGGGAUCAAAGUCAGCUUCUGUCAACCCAGGACAUACUCAGUUCCCUGCCCGGGAGGUAAUGCUGCCAUGGUGAUCUCUCGUAAAAGACGAAGUGUGAAUUAAGUGCGUGAACCCCUCCACUUCCCCCACCUCCUUAACACCAACCCUCCAACAUGGACAGAAGACUGUAAAGAGCCAAUCUACCCAAAAUAAAUAUAUUUUGUUGUUACUGCUGCUUGCAAGGAAAGCUCCAUAGAGUCUGAUAAUUUGUUUUCCGCUGAAUAAAUAUGAAAAAACAAAAGGUAAAAACACUGAAUUAAAACAC